AUGGACCACCCUGGAAAUAGGGGGGUAGGAGGGGGAUUUGACCCUGUUGCGCAGGGCGCUGGGGAUCGAUAUCCUUACGAGACUGGUAUUGACAGUGCUCGCUCAUUUCCUCAGUCCUACUCUCCAUACCAACAACCACAGCCCUCGUCACGGCUUCCCGAGCGAGCCUCAUAUGGUUCGACAUUCGCUCUUGCUCAUGGUGCCGCAACCCCAGGCACCAUCACUCCUUCUCCUUCUCCCGGACCCAGAUCCUCUGCCUACUCCGGAAGGAGUAUUCCCUUGGAAGAGUAUCACCCCAGUUCCCAAACACCACAAUCGUACCCAAGCUACCACGAUCUCCCCUACCAGACAAAUACCCCCGGCAGCUUUAUAAACCAAGCCAACAUCAAUCCGAACAACAUUCUUGACGAUGGUGAUGACGGAAUACCACCAGUUGGAAACCACCGAAACACUGGAAAAGGCGCUGGCCCCGCUGCAGCCGCUGCAGGAACCGCUGGCUUCCUAGGAGGUCUCUUUGGCCGCAAAUCAAAGAACCACACUCCUAGUGGGACUUAUGAUGCUGUGGGUGCAGCUUCUAAAACCGAGCGAAGUGAAUGGUUGGCAGAGCAGACCAGAGGGAAAAGAAAGAUGAAGUUAUGGGUGGGUGUUGCCAUUGGCCUUUUUAUCGUCAUCGCCAUUGUUGCAGGCAUUCUGGGUGGCGUCCUGGGUUCAAAAAGCUCAAGCAGUUCCGGCUCGUCCAGCGGCGACACUAAUAAUGCAGCCUCAGACACUGAUGCGAAUGGGGACCUUGACAAGAAUUCGGCCGAAAUUAAGGCUCUCAUGAACAACCCGGACCUCCACAAGGUCUUCCCAGGAAUGGAUUACACCCCUUGGGGUACACAGUAUCCUCUAUGCUUCACGUACCCACCCUCCCAGAACAAUGUCACACGUGACAUGGCCGUCUUGUCACAGCUCACCAAUGUCGUCCGCCUCUACGGUACUGACUGCAAUCAAACCGAGAUGGUGCUUCAUGCCAUUGAUCGUCUUGAACUCAGCGACAUGAAACUCUGGAUGGGCGUCUGGAUUGACACCAAUCAGACAACCACAGAUCGCCAAUUGGAUCAGAUGUACAAGAUUCUGGCAGACACAAAGGACCACUCGGUCUUCAAAGGUGUCAUUGUCGGUAACGAAGCUCUCUAUCGUGCAGGUGAAGACAAGGCACAGUCGGAGCAGGAACUGAUCAACGUGCUGGACGGUGUCAGGACCAAGUUCAAGUCCCUCGGCUACGAUCUCCCCAUUGCCACAUCAGAUCUAGGAGACAAUUGGAAUGCUCAGCUUGUGCAGGCCGUGGAUUAUGUCAUGUCGAAUAUCCAUCCCUUUUUCGCCGGUGUCACGGCAGAAGUCGCCGCCAGUUGGACAUGGGAUUUUUGGCAGAAUCACGAUGUCAUCUUGACUGAGGGAAUGCCCAACGUCAAACAACUCAUCAGUGAGACGGGCUGGCCCAGCGGAGGUGGUAAAGAUUGUGGAGGCACGGACGGAUCCUGUACGGCCGGGCAGAGUGGAUCUGUUGCAGGCGUUGAUGGCAUGAAUACCUUUAUGGACAAUUGGGUGUGUCAAGCAUUAGCAAACGGCACCGACUACUUUUGGUUUGAGGCAUUUGAUGAACCAUGGAAGGUCAUCUAUAAUACUGCCAGCCAACAGUGGGAGGACAAGUGGGGCCUCAUGGACCCAGGCCGGAACCUGAAGCCAGGCCUGAAGAUCCCCGACUGCGACGGCAAGACGGUUGGGUCUUGA